AUGAACCCGCGCGCAGGAGGUCAGAUCAUCGACUUACAGACCACCCCGCCAGAUGAGGUACUGAACAAGACCUACCGCCGAAACGGCAGGAUACAGUCCUGCGAGCCGUGCCGGAAAAGUAAACUCAAAUGCGACCACGUGCUGCCGGCAUGUAAGAGAUGCGUCAAGAGAGGGUGCGCCGAUCGGUGUGUCUACCAUCCGAGUCCGCUCGCGAAAAGCCGCCAGACGCGCACAGCAGCUCCCCCAACACCAUCAACGUCUACCAACGACGAGAGUCUCUCGGAUGUGUUCGUCUCAGUCGAUACUCCGCUCCCAGGCUCACCUCUCACAUCCAGCCCGGAGAAGCCGCCGCCCCCGCGAGCGGCCGAAGACGCCGCACACGCCCAUCGCGCCGCCUCGGCACCGCCGCUGCAAACCCAUCAACAGGCCUACGUCCGCGUUAACCCGGGGUUCCUGGGCGCGACGAGCUUCACUUCCAUCUUUACAGAAAACCUGGGCAAAUUCGGCGUCCAGCAGAUGGAGACGUCCUACCUCCAGCGCAUCCCCAUCUCAGACGACCGCAUCGCCCGAGGAUGCCAGGUGCUGUCCUUCCUGAAGAACAGGGUCUUGGUGAACCAGUUCGUCGCUCGCUAUUUCGAGAUCUGCGAGGGCGCGGGCAUCAUCUGCCCAGAACCCAUCAUGAAGAAGUGGCUGAUGAAACUGCAACUCCACCACGGUGACACCCUGCGCGACCAGGACCCGGAGAAGAUCCGUCGUCUGUGCGAGCUGCUCUGGAGAAAUACCCAGAGCCCGCUGGUGUUCAAUGAGGGCACUUCUGCCAUGCAGUGGGCGCGCUCGGCGACCGGCCCCAACAUCAGAUGGGAAGUGAUCGGGCUCAUCGCUGCCAUAAUAGGACAGUGCGCCAACACCCUCCGCCCAUCUGAUCGCUUCCUCAAAGAGCACAAUGUCGUCAGGCCCAAGUUCCCCCGACAGAUGAACGACGUCGCUAAUACUUGUAUGGCCUUCUGUCGCGACUGCGAGGCGCUCGAUGACUUAUUUCUCUGGCUGGCUAUGGAGAACGCAGUGCUGACAAGCACCAUGUUGGGAGACGGAAGCUAUGCCUCGUACCGCGAGUCUGGCGAGGUGGUCAAUGCAGUCAUCGCGAUGGGUUUGCACCAAGACGUAAGAGUAGGCAAAAAUUUGCCCUUCUUCCUCGAGCAGCUACGCAAGAGAGUUCUCGUGCAGACAUACUCGUGCGAUAUCAGCAUAGCUUCCUUCUUGGGCCGGCCGCCACGAAUGUCGUACCGCUACUGCAACCUCACACCCCCGCUGGACGUACCGGACUCCCAAUUGUUCCAAGAAGAUGUCGACAAGGCUCAGAUCUUGGCCUCGUUGGAUAGCAAUGGUUUUAAUACAGCCGGAAGAGUAACACGUACAACCUGGAUGAAAACGUGGCUGGGAUGGGCUCCUCGGAGAGAAGAUGUCCUGGACCUGGCUUUGGGACAUUACACGAGUGAAGAAGUCCUGCGCCAUGCAGAAGAGAUUCGAAAAAAGGGUGAGGAGUACUGGGCCGGUCUUCCCGCAUACAUCAGAAGAUUCAGUGAUGGUGAGGUCACUCCUGCUCCGAACAAUCCCUUCGAGUCAAUGCUCCAAGACGGCAUCAAGCAAGGGUUUCGCGGCAAUGACUUGCUUCUGCAGCGAACUUUGAUUCGCAAGACAGGUGCAACCUCGGAGAAGCUGGUACGUACAGCUCGUCUGAUCUUGGAUGAUAUUUUGCGCAUCAGCCGCCGCCACGACAUAGCAUCGGUUUUCCAGAGUGACAUGGCGUCCCGCCUCGCCGUGCAAGGCCUGCGAAGUGCUGCAGUCAUCGCAGUUGAACUUCUGAAACAGGAGCAACUCCCCAGCCAGUCGAAGAACCAUUUGCUACCUAGAAGCCGAACGAUCCAGGACUUGUCGGUCUUUGCAGCUCGACUGGGUGACAUUGACCCUGCGGAUGGCGCAUUUUCUGUGUGCGACAUGGGUUCUAAAGUCAUCACUCGCAUCCUCGACAAGAUCCUGAGCCCUCCCAACGAACCUGGGCAGGUCGGUGCACCGCAUCUGCAGCACGAUCAGCGACAGGGGCUGGGACAAGUCGACAUGCAUCUCUUCGCGAACGAGACUGGGCCGAAUGAUGGAUGGCCUGUGCCGGGCAUGGAUUGUCCCAUGGGAGGAGACCUGAAUAUGGAGAUAGAUGUCCCAUUUCUCAGCCAUGACAACGAUUUCAUGCAGUGGCUUGAGAGCACGGUAGUUGACUGGGAGAAGCCCAUCGGAUGA